AUGGGCAUCUAUUCCAAGCUUGCAGAUGGUAUCGAGGAAGUGGAUGUCAUCAUUGCUGGAGGCGGAACAGCAGGAUGUAUCAUAGCCGGCCGCCUCGCAGAAGACGACCCCUCCCUCUCCAUUCUUGUGAUUGAAGGCGGUGCAAACAACAAAGAUGUUGCAAGUGUUGUAAAUCCGGUUUUCUAUCUACAGAAUCUUCUGCCUACCACCAAAACAGCACUUUUCUACAAGGGCAACAAGGCUAAACAACUUGCUGACCGAGAGCCUAUCGUACCGUGUGGUGGUACGCUUGGUGGAGGCAGCUCGAUCAACUUCAUGAUGUACACUCGCGCACAACGCUCGGAUUUUGACUCUUGGAACACCCCUGGUUGGUCGGCGGAAGAGGUAUGGCCGCACCUAAAGAGACUCGAGACAUAUCACGGGCCAGGUAAGAAAGAACAUCAUGGCUACGAUGGGCCUAUAAAUAUCAGCGACGGCGGUUACCGUUGCCGUGAAGUGGAAGACGAUUUCAUCCGCGCUGCUGGGGAAGUCGGCGUCCCUGAGAUUGAAGACCUGCAAAACUUGGAAGAAAACAACGGUGUUCAGCGAUGGCAACGAUACGUCUCACCGGACGGCAGACGUCAAGAUACUGCACACAGAUACAUACACCCCAAGCUCGAACAGGAGCAGUACUCGAAUCUUCACGUGCUUGUCGAAUCGAAAGUCGUGCGCGUACUGUUUGACGAGAACAAGCGCGCAACUGGCGUAGAAUACACACCAAAUCCUGAAUUUCAGUCCACCAUUGGCCUCAGCAUGCACCCAGUCAAGCAAGUGCGUGCUCGCAAGCUUGUCGUUGUCACAUGUGGUGCCUGCGGCACACCACCAGUACUCGAACGCUCUGGUGUUGGUUCAAAGGAAAUUCUCGAACGAGCCGGCGUGCCACUUGUAGAAGAACUACCAGGUGUAGGGAAAGACUACCAAGAUCAUCACCUCAUUCUUUAUCCCUUCAAGACCUCUCUCGAGCCACACCAAACAAUGGAUGCCAUCCUCAGCGGACGCGCGGACGUAGCCAAAAUGAUGGAGAACAAAGAUCCCAUACUGGGCUGGAACGGCAUAGACAUAUCCUCCAAGCUACGACCCACCGAAGACGAAGUCACCGCCCUCGGCCCAGAAUUCAGAGAAGCCUGGGACCGAGACUUCAAAGACAACCCCAACAUCCCUCUCAUGCUAUGCGGCCUAGUAUCCGGAUUCCUCGGCGACCCAACCAGCAUCCCAGCCGGCCAAUACGUUACCACCGGAACAUACACCGCAUACCCCUACUCUCGCGGCCACAUGCACAUCACAGGUCCCAAGCACGACGACGCGCUCGACUUCGACGUCGGCUUCUUCAACGACAAAGAUGACAUCGAUCUCAAGAAGCAAAUGUGGGCCUACAAGAAACAACGCGAAAUCAUGCGCCGCACAAACUUCUACCGCGGCGAACUCGCAGCAGGACAUCCGCGCUUCCCCGCUAAUUCCGCAGCCGCGGUCCAGGAAUCUGUCACUGCGCCGUUGAAGGACGUCAAGGAUCUGGUGUACACGAAGGAAGAUGAUGAGGCGAUUGAGCAGUGGCUGAGGGAGAAUGUGAAUACGACCUGGCAUUCGCUGGGCACGUGUAAGAUGGCGCCAAGGGAGAAGGAUGGUGUUGUGGAUAAGGACCUGAAUGUGUAUGGUGUCAAGGGUCUCAAGAUUGCGGAUCUGAGUAUUCCGCCAAAGAAUGUGGGUGCAAAUACGAAUAACACGGCACUGAUGAUUGGAGAGAAGGCGGCGGAGAUUAUUAUUCGCGAACUCAAGGGAGGGGCGGGGACACCGUAG